AUUCUCGAGAGUUGAAUAUCAUACUUGUUGAUCCAUCAGUGAAAAAUAUAUGUAUAUGAGGAAAUUGUGUGUUUAGACAAGGGCAUAUAUUUCUCGAGAAGUGUUAGUCACUGGUCUAAGAGAAACAAGGGAAAAUUAUUAACUCACAUUCAGUAUUAAUUGCGUAGAUAUAAACCAGUGGUAGCAAGAUUAAGGUUGAGUAUGAUGAGUUAAUAUCAAUAAAGGGAUAGUGAUUCUGUGGUGAAUAGUGAUUGGCAACUUGGCAAGGCAGUGCCGCGCGAACGGCUGACCACCCCACAACAAUAGAAAUGGCAGCGAUCCUAGGACGUCUGUCCCGCAGCGCCACGAUAUCAGGCCGCCAUGCCCGCUGCCUCAGGACCCUCAAGACCCAGGCCUUUCGAGGCAGUCGUAUCACCAGCAGUACCACCUAUCUCUGUGGUGUAGCCGCCGCUACCUCGGCCUACCUGGGCUGGAGGUGGCUACAUGGAGGUGCCGUGGUGCAGGCAGCCAAACCACGUCGUCAUAUUGAUGAGUCAUCGCUGCGUGGCCUGAAGCUGAACCAUCGAGAAAGGCGGUUUAUCAAGUUUUCAUCUGUUGAGUAUCAGGGUCAGUUGUACAUGUCACCGCAGGACUUCAUUGAGUCUGUAACAGACUCUGAACCACGCCCUCGUCUAAAGAGGAGGAUGCUGACAGAGAAGGAUCUUGAACAGUUUGCACAGGAGACACCAGUGCUCUCCAAGGGUUCUCCAGACAUGUUCCGAACCAUAUUUGAUAAGGGUAUAAUUUCUUACACAGAAUACUUGUUCCUGCUGUCAAUCCUCACAAAGCCUCAGACGGGUUUUCGUAUUGCUUUCAACAUGUUUGACACUGAUGGGAAUGAGCGCGUGGACAAGGAGGAGUUUCUUGUGUUAAUGGACUUGAUCACUGCUGGUGUUUUCCGAGCCUAUGCCUCUUGGGUGUCUGACACAAUCCACAAUGAAAACCCUGACUCAGAGAAGGCCAAGAAACUGCAGUCAACGAGGCAGGUCGUAAGUCAGCUGCUGGUGGGCCGAUCUGUAGACAGCGUCCGUGUGGGGCUUGAGAAGAUCUUUAGCACUGCUCGGAGAGACCGUCUGAAUCGAGCCUUGGAGGGGGCAGUGAAGGCCAAUGAUGCAGAUGCUGAUGAUGAAGUGGUGCUAGAGGAUGAACUGCAGAAGAGUCAUGUUGUGGAUACUACCCUCCUCCUCCACUUCUUUGGGCGUAAGGGGAAACAGGAUCUCAAGUUUGAAGAGUUUAAAAUGUUUAUGGAAAACCUCCAGACUGAGGUUCUGGAGAUUGAGUUCAAUGAGUUUUCCAAAGGUCUUCCUGCAAUAACUGAGCUAGAUUUUGCUAAGAUCCUGCUGCGCUACACCUACCUUCAGUCUGACCAGUAUGAGAUGUACUUAGAGAGACUUCUGGACCGCAUCCCAGAAGGGAAAGGAAUUACCUUCUCAGAAUUCAAGUCAUUCUGUCAGUUCCUCAAUACCUUGGAUGACUUUGCCAUCGCCAUGAAGAUGUACACCCUUGCUGACCAGCCCAUCUCCCAAGAGGAGUUCCAUAGAGCAGUCAAGAUCUGCACUGGUGCUGAGCUGAGUCCCCACAUUGUGGACACUGUGUUCAAGAUCUUUGAUGACGAUGGUGACGGCCAACUGAGCUACAAGGAGUUCAUUGCCAUCAUGAGGGAUCGGCUGCAUCGUGGCUUCAAGCAAACCUCAAGGAGUGAAGGGUGGGAUGCCUUCAAGCAGUGCGUCAAGAGUGAGAUGAAGGCCGUGGUGUGAAGACCUGAGGUGAUGAUUCCAGCAACAAGAACCCUCUGAGGGGUGGGCAGGUUUCAAAGCAUGUGUCAAGAAUGCAAUGAGGAGCCAACAGCAGCAGGACCAGCAGCCCUCCCUCACCUAGGCCCUCCAGACACACUUGUUACAGAGCACUGCAAUGACAGUUAUCAUUCACAAAAUGCAGUUUUCAUGGUCUUGAGUGUGUAUACACAAAUGUAUUGUAAAACUAUGUACUUAAGUAUUUAAAAUUAUAUGAUUGAAUUGUCAAGCUGAAAUGUAUUAAGAGAAAAGCAACCAAAACCUUUUUGGUUUUGGAUAUUAAUAUUGAAAACUUUACUUGAGCUCUGUUCAACACAAAAAUGAAAAGGUCAACAAAUCAGCUGCAUCAUGCAAGCUCCGUCCACCAUCUGAUGGUUUUUGCACAAGACAAUAACUUGUCAAGUACAUCUUACAAACAAUGUAGAUUUACUAUUCUCUGGUGCAUCAAAAGUGCUAUAAACAUAUAGGAGUAUUAAGCUUGUUGAUUGCAUGAAAUAACUCAUUGUUAUGUAUAGAUAAACAAAUAUUUAAGAAACUUUGAGAUAAAAAAGCACAAAUGUGAAUUUGUUCACAAAAUGAUUUGUUGUGCAUUCAAUAUGCCAAUGACAGAACUUUCUAGGAGGAAAAUUUCCUUUAGCUCAGACUGGUCUGCUUUAGGAAACCUUAAAGCUCAUGCUGCAUACAAUGCUUUUGUGUCACCUGAGUAAAGAGGAAACUGUCCCUAAAUGUUUUAGCAAUGAAAGUCAUAUUUUCUUUCCACUAAGAAAUCUUCAACUCUGAUAGUUCUGAAGAUUACAGUGGACUUAUUUAGGAGUGAAGCACAAAGUUGUAUUACUAUAAAGAAAAUAAUGACUUCAUGCUGUGUAGAUAUAAGUUUGUUUUCAUCUAGUCAAAGAAUUAUAUGUACAGAAUCUUUAUCCACCGUAUUAAAUCUCUGAUCUGAUGUCUUAUGUACAUUGCUUGUUGAAAAGAUAUUGUACUGUUGUUAUUUAUAUUAUGUUGUUACUUUUUAUAGUGAAUACAUAUAAAUUCUAACUGCUUCAGAUUUAAAGUAGCUAAAAUAAGUAAUUUGUACAGAAUAAAAUAUGAAAGGUAAGGCCAGUUUAUACAGAAAAUACUAACAAAAAUUGGGAAGGGAGAUGAAGAGAUUGUUAGUUGUUAUAAAAUUUUACUACAAAGUCAAUACCCUGUCCCUUCUUAAAGCAUACUUAAUAUAGUAAAAGGUUUUAAGCCCUGAAACAGUUUUUAUAAAAAGAUUCCAAAAUCAUUGUAUAAUAUUGGUAAAAAAAAAAAUUUUUUUAAUGAUCUAGAAAUUUUAAAGCUAAAUGCAUUUCCAGUACCUUAUUAGUACUUGAUCCAAAUAAUGGUUUUGAGUGUCAGAUAAAUUAUAAUAUAUAUAUAUAUAUAUAUAUAUAUAUAUAUAUAUAUAUAUAUAUAUAUAUAUAUAUAUAUAUAUAUAUAUAUAUAUAUAUAUAAUAACUAUUAUAUUGGCAACAGAAACAAUGUUUUUCAAAUCUUGGGUGAUUCCAACAAAGAAUUGUGAAAUUGUUGAAUUAUAUUGGCAGACAGUUCAUCUAACUGUAGAACACAAUUAAGUUUUUCUGCAUGAUAAAAUUUUUUUAAUUCUUAUACUGAUACAUUUCAUGCAAACUGAAAUAAAGCAGAUUAGAAACUAA